AAUAUAAUACCUGUAAAUUCAUUUAUACACGUUUGUAUUUUAAAAUUUAAGGACACUGUCACAUUCGUUCAGUCAAUUUGAUAAAAUAAUGUAAAUAACUGAAAAUAUCCAUGAUUUUUGUUAUGGAUUGUUGUGACUCGCGACCCCAUUGUACAAUAUGCAUGAUAACAUGACAGCAUAGCAUUUACACAUUUAUUAUUAUAGCAUUUGGAAGGAGGAUGUUUACAUUUGUAUUUUGUGGUUCAAGAUUUAUAAAAGCUGAGAGCCAACCAAAAUAAAAUCUAUACCCAGAAUAUACUAACAAAAGAAUGAACAGUUUGGCAUAAAAUGGUGGGAAAUAUUUUUGUAGGUCCCAUAGCCAUUGUGUUGAUCGUGGUUGCCUGUGUUGUAAUUACAAUUGCGUUUUGUGUUAUAUUCUGUAAGAAACAUAACGAGAGCGACUUCCGUCAUUGGACAGAAUGGUAUUGCUGUAGCUGUUUCGCAAAAUGUUUCGACAAAGAGGACUAUUGUUGUGAUCGUCUGUUUGGAAAAAGAACAAGUCCGUCGUCUGCGUCCUCUGUGGCAGAUGGCAUAAUUGACGAAUCUAUGUUUAAUGAAAUUCGAGGUGACACAGAGAAGUAUGCAUUAACUAAGAACGAAUCAUCACAUGUAUUACAUACGGUACAUUUCGCAAUCACCGAAACAGACAGUCAACUUUCAUUUCAAGAUUGUUCGGCACUGGGGGUAAAUUUAACAUCUAACACCAGUACGAAUUCAAGUUUUAAUUUAGAAGCAUCAAGUUGUCAAGAUUCAGGGCUUGAAAUAACUAUUGAAAAUACAAAUCAAGAAACUGAAAGCCUACCGCUCAAUGGAGCAGAAUCGGACACUUCUGUAAUACAGACAGAACCGCCAGCUUCAAACACAGGAAGUCAAACAUGUAACCAUAACGAGACAAUACCAGUCGCAGAUAUAGCCUCCAUUAUCAGAGAACAAAAUCUUUUAAACGAAGGUGAAAAUAAAAUGAUUGAUUCUAACGUGAUACAACCGCCAAGCUAUGCAGAGGUCACAUUUGCAACAUUGGAUUUCUCAGUACAAACACCCCCGUCAGCGCCCCCUCUGGAAGAAAUGAAGCCUUGGAAUACAACAUAACUUGGCGAAGUUCGCAGCAGGAUUACAUUGUCUGUCUCUCCGAAAGUUAACGCUUCUGCUUUGUGUUAUUGAAUUGCAUUGCAUUUUGAUAUAAGAUGACACAAUUAUAAGAUUCAGCAUUAUAAAGUGUACAUAUCUCAGGUGUUUUUGACACAAGGCACGCUUAAAACUUUCACGAGAUGUAAAGGGUGUUCACCUCAAUAGAACAAUUAUUUAUACAUGUAAGGUUUCUAGAUUUAAUUUACUAGCAACCGCUAAAGCUUGAUUACUUUCCAUGAUCUACGGAAUAACCAUUUGGAAGUGGUAUAAGAGGCAAGUUGUUGGUUUUAUCAGUCGUAAUAGAGCUUUCUUACAAAUUGACGAAAGGUACGAACGAACGCAAAGGGAGCACGUAUGUCAUUUCUACAAUAACAGUUAAAAGAGUCUUUGUUUUAUUCACUAAAACAGCAUACUUUUCUAAAUCAAGUUUUGAAAAAAAAAAAAAAAUAUCGCAAAAAAUACACGAUUUUAAUAUAAUCAAACAAAAAUAGUGUCCAAUACACUUACGUCCGAUACGUUAAUUACGUAAACCACGAGUACACACAUUUCCGCGGGAAUUUUUUACGCACGAGUUUCACGAUUAACAUUUCAAUGACAUUAUUGCAGUACGUUAGUCUGAAUUUAACGACAAGAUUCACAUUUAUUUUCAUUUGUUACAG